UACAUCUGAGACCUUGUUGUAACGUCAGGUUCUAGACACCUUCGUCACGUCAGUCAUCCCGCACUUCGCUCGCUGAUGGUAGAGGCGAGCAUCGCGGAGCCGCAAUGCAGCGUCCAUCGUGUUCAUUCAUUCGUGACUACAGCAUCCCUGGUCUCACUGUGACUUUCCAUUAUCGCUCCAAGGAGCGCCUGCAGCACAUUGGAAUCAUUCCCGCCCCUCAUGAAAUUCCCGAUCCAGCCGAUACGCAACGGAAGCCUCUGAAUCUCGCGUCGCGUAAGCGCAAGGCCUCAUCCGAGGAGACCAUCAGGGAGGAUAAGAAGCCCAAGAUCGGAGCGGCCACGAGAAAAGAGGCGUCCGAGACUGUGACCCGCUCGGUCGAGCCUCAGGAUGAUGAUGAUGAGGUUAUUGCCAGCUCGGCGAACCCCGCCGCGGACGAUGAACCCGAGAUCAUUGACCUCACGAAGGAGCCCGACGACCUGGAGCCGGAGACUGUUGACCUUACACGCUAGGCGGACACGAUGCUCGACCAUGAGCCUUGGUUGUGACAUAUAAUGUUCAUUGCCAUGCUCCCCACCGAAGGGAUUAUCGUCUUAACCUGUAUUAUAGGUUUCACCACACCUACGCCGCGCAAGCCGUGCGUAGCA